UAAACAAACGCCAGAGUUAGCCGCGUGUGCUGGAUUCGGAUGUAGUUGUAGUUCCGCUAAUUAUUACUUUUGUAACUGAGCAGCAAUGUCUUCAGUUGAGAGUUUGAGAGAGUUUGUCAACGAGCGACUAACUGCUGCUGCUGAAGAAAUAUUCGGAGUUUUAAAAAAAACGAUCGUCGAGUACGAGGAAGAGAUCGAUCGUCAGCGCAGACUGCUGGAUAUCGUUUGGAAACCCGACAUAAAGCUACACAGGACAGAGCUCCCACAGCAACAUGUCUGGAAGGAGGAGGAGGUUCUGGCUGACCAGCAGCUCUGUAUUCAGGAGAGGAACUCCAGUCUGGACCAAGAGGACCCAGAGCCUCCACAGAUUAAAGAGGAACAGGAGGAACUCUGUACCAGUCAGGAGGGAGAGCAGCUUGUACUGAAGCAGGAGACUGAUACCUUUAUGUUGACUCCUACUUAUGAGGAAAGAGACCACAGUGAAGCAGAACUGAAAAGUGACCACCAGCUCCUCUCUCACAAAAACUCUUUCAAAUGUGACACAUGUGUAAAAGACUUCAACUAUGUGUCAAUAUUGCAGACACAUAUGAGAAUUCACACAGAUGAGAAGCCAUAUUCUUGCAGCAGCUGUGGAAAAAGAUUGAGUAACACAUCAGAUUUGAAUGCUCAUAUAAGAACCCGCACAGCUGAGAAACCAUUUUCUUGUAAAACAUGUGGGAAAGAUUUCAGAACUAGCAGUCACUUGAAAGUCCACAUGAGAACCCACACAGCUGAGAAACCAUUUUCUUGUAAAACAUGUGGGAAAUCUUUCAGACGGUUGGCUCACUUGAACGACCACAUAAGAAUCCACACAGGUGAGAGGCCUUAUUCCUGCAAAACAUGUGGAAAGAAUUUCAUAGAGAGUACUAAGUUGAAAAUUCACAUAAGAAGAGCUCACACUGGUGAGAAGCCAUACCUUUGCAAGACCUGCGGGAAAGGAUUUGUUGUCACUUCAGCAUUGAAAGCACACAUAAGAAUCCACACAGGUGAGAAACCGUAUCCUUGCAAAACAUGUGGUAAAGAUUUUCGAACAAGCUACUGCUUGAAAGUCCACAUGAGAACCCACACAGGGGAGAAACUGUAUUCUUGUACAACAUGUGGGAAAGAUCUUAAAACUAGCUAUGGCUUGAAACUCCACAUGAGAGCCCACACAGGUGAGAAGCCAUUCUGUUGCAAAACAUGUGGGAACAGAUUCCAUAACAUUUCAGCAUUGACAUCACACGUAAGAAUUCACACAGGAGAGAAGCCGUUUAACUGUGAAACAUGUGGAAUGGAUUUCAGAACUAGUGGUCACUUAAAAGUCCACAUAAAAACCCACACUGGUGUUAAGCCAUAGCUUUGCAUAAUCUGCAGUAAAAAGAUAAGCUUUUGUGUCUAAUUUGAAAUGGCACCGCAUACAGGCAAGUAACUUAAAUCAUACAUGAAAAAAAAAAA